UUUCCCCACUGUUCAUUUGACAUGACUGAUGGGAUUUUCUCAUAAUGUUAAGGAUGCUGAUUCAGAAUGGGUUCCCUAGUGAAAGCUCAGUGUCAUUAUGGCUGAGAGAAGACUAUAUGCAUGAAACUGUGAGGGAAAACAAAACCAGGGAAGGGGAUCACUGUCCCCUGGGAAGUAGAGAGCAGCUGGGAUCCUGUCCAGGUGUGAACCAGAAGGAAAGUGUAGAGAAGUUUUGGUAUGGACAUGGGACUCAUUCCUCAGUGCCCAGGGUAGUCCUGCCUCUGUACAGGGGUUGGUGGAGGUAGACUGUGGGGAGCAGCAGAGAGGAUAGUGGGGUGGGGAUCUCCCAGCAUUGGAGAUGGAUGCUAUACUGCCCAGAACCAAGGGAUCUCUUGUUCCCCCUGUUGGCAGCAGCUCCUGCCUGGCACAGCCCUCAUUUCUCUUCUUUCUCCUCACUUGUAUUUGCAGAGGAGCUGCAGGCACCAGGCAGGAUGCAGGGGGAUGCAGACACGAUGGAGUCCCUGAAGAAGGAGAACGAACUGCUGCAUGCACAGCGGUACAAAGUUGAUGUCACCCUUGAUGCUGACACGGCUCAUCCGAGGCUGGAAGUGUCAAAAGACGGGAAGAGUGUAACUGACACUGGUGCAAUCAGAAGGGUGCAUAGCAAGAAGGAGAGAUUUGAUUCCCACACUUUUGUGUUGGCAAAGGAAGGUUAUGCAUCUGGGAGACUCUACUGGGAAGUGGAUGUUGGAAAGAGGAGAAACUGGAUCUUGGGUGUUGCCAAGAAGACUGUGACACGCAAAGGGACUUUGGUUCUUUCUCCUCAGAAUGGCUUCUGGGCCAUAGGGUUGACAGAUGGGCAAGACUAUUGGGCUUACACAGAUCCUGGACCCGUUUGACUGUGGGUGGUAAACCACGUAAGAUUGGGAUCUUCCUGGAUAUCUCAGCCAAGAAGCUGUUAUUUUACAAUGUCCACCAGAAGAAUGCUUUGUAUAUUUUUUCCUUUCAUAAUGACUGCAGCCAGGAAAUGAAGCUCUUUCCUUUCUUCUCAACAGGUCCCACUACAACACAGGUUGAC